GGAAAAGCUGCCACUACAACUUAGGCUGAUUUCAGACAAGCGGAUCACUAAAACCCGUCCAUUUCGACAUCGACGUCGAGACAUCUCGCUCGAGUCAAGCCUAUUCAGGAUGGUUCUCCGUGUCGAUGGUGCGGGAGGCACAGCGACGAUCAAGCUUCGCGUGGCGAAUCCGUGUGGUUGAACUGUCCGCUUGUGCGUGUCAUCGAGAGCCGUCAGCGAUCCGUUGAUCUUGGCCCAAGUUGGAAUCCACCGGGAACCCACCGGAAAUCCGCCUUCCUGGGUAUAGCGAGCUGGGGUAAUAUCGCGUUGGACGCCAUACUGCGGUGGUUUGUGGAGGCACACGAACGAAUUGUGGGGAAGAGAUGAGGGUGUAUCCAUCCAGCUUCCUUACCGUCGCGAUGGUGUGCGUUUGUGGAGUAUCUGGUGGCCGGUAUUGGGUCGACGUCGCAGGGGACGGUCUACAAAUAGUUCCCUUCGUCUGAUCUCCUCGCCUCCUUCCUUUUCGCCAAAGUCCCGUUCCAUUUCCUCAGCUCUUCCUUACCAUCUCUUGUCGGCAAAUAUGGCUACUCCAACGCCAGCCGCGCACCAGCAGGACAUCAACGAGAAGCCUCGAGAGGAUGUCAUUCAUCUCGAGCAACUUGCCUCGGAAAAUUCAAGCAGAGAUGCGGAGUCGCAACUUUCCACUGGCGAUGAGCCUAUGACAUUUACGAAAGCUAUGGCUUUAGUCGCCAUGGCUUUCCUAUGGUCAGUACUGCUAAGUAGCCGUCAAUGUUCCUCAUUUGACAGGUGUGGUAUAGGACUGGCUCCCAAAUCCCUCUAUAUCUCUACGGUGGCGUGCCCCCUUACAUUUACGGUGAUUUGGGCGGUCUCGAUCGAUGGACAUGGUUCGUUCUUGCAAACUUGUUUGCUUUAGGAGCAACUUGUCCAUUCGUGGGCUCGCUAUCCGAUCUGUUCGGCAGACGGUGGGUUGCCAUUGGUGGAGCGACACUGCUAGUCAUUGGCAACAUUAUCACCUCUACGUCCCACAAUAUGAACACCUUCAUUGGCGGCAUGGCUAUUGCCGGCAUUGGAGCAGGUAUCAAUGAGCUCACUUCGCUUGCUGUGACAUCAGAGCUUGCACCAACCAAGAAGCGUGGCCUUUAUGUGUCCAUUUUGGUCUUCACCAUCAUUCCAUUCUGCCCAUCUGUGCUUUGGGGUCAACUGAUCGCAUACUACGGCAGCUGGCGAUGGAUCGGACUCAUCUGUGGCGUGUGGGCAUUUAUCGGCCUUGUCAUGACGGCGAUUUUCUACCACCCUCCACCUCGAGAUAUGACCGUAGGCAUGACCCGGCGCGAGGUCCUAGCUCGUAUCGAUUAUGUCGGUGGUUUCCUUAGCAUUGGCGGUUUCCUUAUGUUCAUGAUGGCUCUCCAAUGGGGAGGGUACCAGUACAAGUGGGGAUCCGCGCACGUUAUCGCCACGCUUGUCAUUGGUGUUGUGAUGAUCGCUGCCUUCUGCGUAUAUGAGAAGUUUUUUGCAAAGUACCCGAUGUUCCCUGGCGCGAUUGCUAAGGAACCACGCAUAUUGCUUCUCACGCUUGUCAUAACUUUCAUCUCCGGCAGCAACUUCUUCUCCGUGCUGAUGUUCUGGCCUACUCAGAGCUACAACGUUUACGGCCAUGAUCCGUGGGAGGUCGGCAAGCGUAAUUUGUGCCUUGGUUUCCCCAUAUUGGCAGGUGCUUGCAUCGGUCUUGCUCUUCUAUCGUUUACCAAAGGUCGUAUCCGAGAGCUGAUGUUAGUAUCUUGCUGCGUCAUGACGGCUGGUGGCGGCGCGUUUGCUGCUUUGAACCGGGACAAUCUUUGGCUCAGCUAUAUUCUCCUUAUCAUCUCCGGCCUUGGAAUUGGCGGCAUCGUCGUUCCGGCAAGUAUCAUAUCCACGAUCAUUUGCCCCGACGAACUCAUUGCUACUGUCGCAGCGUUGACACUCUCCAUUCGCGUGCUCGGUGGCGCCAUCGGUUACGCGAUCUACUAUAACGUCUUUGUCCAGAAAUUCACUGUCAAUGCAGUCAAGUACCUCGGCGCAGCUUGCUAUGAGCUUGGAAUUACCAAACCAGAGGAGAUUGCAACUGUGAUUGGCAUUACGGGCACGGGCCUGCUGCCGACUCUUAAGGAACUGCCCCAGGUGAACAGCACCGAGGCGUAUGACAAGCUCGUGUAUGCCGGUCAGAUUGCAUAUGCCAAAAGCUAUCCAUACGUCUACUACGUAUCAUUGGCAUUUGGAGGUGUUAGCAUUAUCUGUGCACUCUUCCUCGGUGACAUCAAGAAGUACAUGACCGAUCAUAUUGCGGUGCACAUGGACAAGGGAACCCACAGACACGAAGAAGACAAACAUUGAGCCUUGGGUAGAGUUGUUCGCUGGGAUGAGAUGAAUGAUUUAAGGUCUGCUGUAUGGUACAACCAAGCCAAUGAACUCACAUGAAAGCCAAAACGUCGAGAGUGAUUGUAGCAAAAUUAUGAGAAAG